GCGAAUCAAAUCAGUGUCUAACCUGGAAGCAAGGCCCUCUGACUGUGAUCACUCAUAUUUAAGCAGCUCUGGGUGAUGUUCCCUCUAUCCUCAUUCCACUAUCAGCCCAACAAUUUCCUUACACCUUCUUUCAACCCAGUAAUCAAUCAAUUCAAGGCCACUCGCUUCAGUUAAUUUAUCAUAAUCUCCGACAAUCAGUUAAUCCUCUUCAAAUCUUCAAAUUCGAACAACAUGCAGUCCAGCUUACUCGUCACCCUUCUGAUCGCCACCAGCGGUGUUUUCGCCAUGCCUUCCCCGGCUGGACAACACCAGCCCAGUGAUUACGCAGCCUCAAGCUACGACUCCGACUCAUACGCCCCCAAGCAAUCUUACUCAGCACCUGAUUCAUACUCAGCACCAGAGGAGUCUUACUCUGCACCAGAGUCUUACUCAGCACCUCCUCAAUACUCGUCCCACGGUGGCAAGCCAUCCCGCCCCAGCAAACACCACCGACCAGCUUCUUACCACCCCUCAGGUGGCCGAGGACAACAACCCGGAUUUGGUGGCAUGCCUGGUUUCGGUGGAAUGGGCAACGGCUUUGGCAUGAUGCCCGGAUUUGGCGGCUUUGGUCACGGCUUCGGUGGCCUCUUCGGCAUGGUCCCCGGUCUCGGUUUCAAUGCUAACGUUGGAGUCGGUGGAUUAGGAGGCGUGGGCGCAGGAGUUGGAGUUGGCGGUGGACUCGGGGGCUUCGGUGGACUAGGUUUCGGCGCGAACGUUGAUGUUGGAGCCGGUGUCGGUCUCGGAGGUCUCGGAGGUCUCGGAGCAGGCGUUGAUGUCGGUGCCAAUGUGGGUGUCGGAGCAGGCCUCGGAGCCGGUGUUGGCGUUGGCGCAAACGUCGGCGUUGGCGCAGGUGUCGGUGGCCCUCUAGGCAUCGGUGCCGGUGUUGAUGUCGGAGCUGGUGUUGCUAUCUAAACAGACACUAUUUGUAACCCCCUUCUAGCUUAUCUCCUCUUUGUCUGUUUGUUUCUUACUGGACCACUGCAUGAAGCAUAACGAUCAUUACGCAUCCAGUUCUAUUUGAUUAAGCACCUCAGUGCUUGUGAGUUGUGAUGAGGAAUCCUUUGCUCGGACAAUGUUCGAUAGUUAUGGUUGAGCAAUCGUGAGCUGCUCAGUCGAGUAAUAACCAAGCAUCCAUUCCUUGCCCCUCCUCCCUUACAACGAUGGUAAUUGAAGUGCACACCUCCCCAGCCAACUUCCAUGACAAGACAACGCCUGAAGGGCCCCAGACCGCACUUAGCCUGAGGGUAGCCAAGCAA